GUUUGACUUUUGACACGCUGCCACGCCCACAGCGCCCAGCAUAUUAAGAGCGCCCACAACAUUUUUUAUGGCGUAUCCGCGCCCGUGUGCUAAUGAUGUCGCGUCGCGCUGAGCCGUGCCACAGCCAGAGCCAGAGCCAGAGCAGCCGCUGCGGCAGCCUCAACGAAUCCGUUCCGCCAAACGCAGUUGCCGCCGUUGCAAGUCGCGUCGCCGUGUCGUGAGCUCUCAGGUGUUCAGGUGUGUUCAGCUGCCCGUUUGUGUGCGUCUAAUUUGCUUUGGCCAUAAAGUUGGCGCUCUCCCUCUCGUAAUCAAAGCGUGCUUUAGAGCCUUAUCGCGAAAUUAUAAUAAUUGAUGCAACGUUUCCAUCACAAACCAACCAAGACCAAUUAAUGCCAAAUCAACGGCCACGCCCACACAAAAUACAUAUAUAAAAACUAACAAAUCGUUGAACUUCGAGUGCCACAAAUUCAAAUUGAAAGAAUCGCAACUGAAGCUGAAGAACGCCAGCUCGUUCCAUGAUGGACUUUCAAAGCGCUAUGGAAACCUUCGCCGAGGCCUGGGUGGCAGCCAAUGCCGGACAGCAGAGCCAGGCCCUGGCGCUCACCCGUGCGGCCAAUGCGGCAGCUGUGGUUGCCGCGGCCAAUGCCAAUGCCAAUGCCAAAUCGCCAUCGGCAGCCGCCAGCCUGAUGGACAUGGCCGUCAAGAAGGAGCAUUCCCUGUCGCCGACGCACAGCGUCAUCGCCGAGGAUGCCGGCGCCGGCCUUGGCCAAUUGCAGCACAGACGCUCCUCGCUGCAGGGCGUGCAGGAGAAGCUGACACAGCUGCAGAUGCAGCAUCAACAUCAUCAGCAGCAGCAACAACAACAACAACAGCAGCAGCAGCAGCAACAGGCUGGCUCUGAGGCAGCGAAUGCCGUCGGGCGACGCUCCACAGAGGGCAGUCCGCCUCAACAGCAGCUUUUGCUCAACUCGGACGCCGGCAGCGGCAACGCGUUGUCCUCUUCGGCGGGCUCUAGUCAGAAUGCCUCCUUGGCGGCGACACCGAAGAGCGAGCGGGAGCGGGAGCGAGAGGAGCGCGGCAGCAUCUCCUGCCUGCCGCCAGCUGCUCUGGGCAUGGCCGUGGGCGUACAGGCACAGCAGCAGGCCGAGAAGCUGCUCAGCCAUCCGGCCUUGGAAUCCCGACGCGACUUCGAUGUCAGCAAAGUUAAUCCGAAAUCGCUUCCGCUGCACUGCGUAGUGGAGUCCGUGCACUCGCUGCACGCCUCGCUCACCAUAGACACACGCCAGCCGUGGAAACGGCGGCCCAACAUCGAGACGGACAGCUAUGUGAUCAUCGCAGCGGCCACGCCCUGGAGCGAAAUAGUCCAGACGGCGCUGCAGCGUCUCGGCUACUCGCAGGAGGUGGCCAACACGGCAAGAGGCUCGCUCAUCAUCAAGCACUGGAAGCCCAUACCAUUGGAACAGAUCUCUGAUAAUCCGGCUGUGCCGGUUAGCGAUAUUGUGGGUGAACUGACCUCGGUCAUAACGCUGCGUAUUGUCAUAUUGCGCCCGAAGACCUCACCCUUUGGCGAGAUCAAGGACAAGCUGCUCAAGCUGCUUGUGCUGCAAUCGCACGCGCUGCUCCGCUCCACCGGCUGCCCCCUGGAUGAGGUGACGCUCUCGCAAAUUUGCCGUAGCUCGCAUCAGAAUACGUACGCUCUGCCCGGCGGCGAGAUACCGGAUGAGCUGCGUCGCAAAUUCGAUCAGUGGUGGUCCAAUCAGCUCUCGCCGCAGUCGGCGAUGACGCCAAAGAUGCUGCCGUUCAUGUCGGCGCCGUCGACGGUGCCGGUGGUGCCCGGCGACAUGGACUUUCCGGUGGGCACGGCAAUGGCCGCAGCUGCUGCGGCCGCGGCCCAUGCCGCUGCAGCUGGCGCUGGCGGCGCUGCCAAUCCGCUGGGCGCGAUGAGCAGUCGCGAGUCGCUGCUGCUGGCCAACGAGGCAGCUGCGGCCGCUGCGGCGGCGGCAGCAGCAGCUGGACAUCAUCCCAAUGCGGCUGUGGGCCAGGCCCAGGCGGGCGGGCAUCAUGGCAAUAUGCUGGUGCAUCCGAUGCACGCGGCCAGCAUGCAUCAUCAUCAUCAUGCGCAGGCGCAUGGCGGCCAGUAUCCCAGCCAGAAGACGCGCAUGCGCACCAGCUUUGAUCCGGAGAUGGAGCUGCCCAAGCUGCAGAAGUGGUUCGCCGAGAAUCCGCAUCCCUCGCGCCAGCAAAUCCAAACCUAUGUGGUGCAGCUGAACGCGCUGGAGUCGCGCCGCGGCCGCAAGCCGCUCGACGUCAACAACGUGGUCUACUGGUUCAAGAAUGCGCGCGCCGCCCAGAAGCGCGCCGAGAUGCGCGGCGGCAGCCUCGGGAACGCGAUGAGCGCCUUGGGACAUGCCGCCAUGAAUGGUUAUCUGAGCGGGCAUGCUCCGCUGGGCCAGAACUCGAGCAGCAGCGCCGGCAGCCAGCCGCUGAGCAUGGGCAAUCUGUCCAUGUCGCACGACUAUCUCAAGAGUCCCAUGAGCUUGAAGUCCGAGGAUAUUGACACCAUGUCCCAGCACUCCGACGAGCUGGAGGAGGAGCCCAGCAGGCCAAGCACACCGCAGCUGCCGCUUUCACUAACCACACACGAGCGCCAUCGCAGCUCGCCCAUGCUCGAGGAUGACGACGAGGACGAGCAGCAACAGAGGCAGCAGCUGCGGGCCGAGCAGCAGCAGCAGCAAGAGCCGCAGCGCUCCAAGAGCGCCGGCAGCGAUGUGGUCAACGGCGUCGAUGAGCACGAGGAGAAGCCCGCUGUGCUGCAGAUGGGCGAUGAAGCCGCAACGCAUGACAAUGACAACUCUAACUCCAACAAUGCCAAUGUCGAGGCGACUGGCAAUGCGCUCGGCGACGAGGCCGGCGCCAACAACAACAAUAAUAACAACAACAACGAGCAAGAGUCCGGCAGCCCGCCGAAGCGCAGCACGCCCAAAGAGGAGGACGAUGACCUGGACAUGGACGAGGACGAUGAGGACAAUGAGCAGGAUACCAGCCAUCUGGAUGAGUUUCGUUCGCCCUCGCCGGAUCUGGCGGGCAGCGUGACGCCGCACAAGGAUCAGCUGCCGUUUCCCAUGGUGCCCAACUCGAUGUUCUCGCAGUCCUUCAUGUACAUGAGCCACUAUAUACCGGCCUUUGGCCAGGCGGCCGCUGCCCAUCCGCAUGCUCAUCAUGCCGCUGCCGCUGCUGCCGCCGCCGGGCUCCAGCCGAAUACGUUAAUGGGCGGCGCCGGUCUCAACUUGUCGAGCAUCUCGAACGAGGAGCGCCGUAAGCGCAAUCGCACCUUUAUCGAUCCCGUCACAGAGGUGCCCAAGCUGGAGCAGUGGUUCGCCAUGAAUACGCAUCCCUCGCACAAUCUGAUACUCAAGUAUACCGAGGAUCUGAACACCAUGCCCUAUCGCCAAAAGUUUCCGCGCCUGGAGAGCAAGAACGUGCAGUUCUGGUUCAAGAAUCGACGCGCCAAAUGCAAACGGCUCAAGAUGUCGCUCUAUGACAACAGCCAGUGCAGCCAGCUGGGCGGCCUCGGCUCCUUUGUGCCCAAAUACGAGGAGCGCGACUAGAGGAGCGCGACUAAGAGGAAAUCGGAGGCGUGUCACGAGCUAUAUGUAAAUACACACUAUUUAAGACUUAAGCCCUAUGCAGCUAUGACAACAUAAUUAAGUGGGAGACGAUAAGCCCCUAAUGCACCCUUCUCCAAGUAUUAUAGUAAGAGUUGAACCAGUUUUCUGACCCAGUAUCAGACCCACUUUCGGUCCCAGUUAGCUAGGCGAACGAACGCCGCAGAAUAUUUAGCAAAAAAUAAAAACUAAUUAAAAAAGAAUUAGUUAAAAAUUAAAAUUAGAUGAACUAAUAGGACUUUAAUUUAUCACAGCUUCUAGCAUGACCUUAUCAAAUAUAUAUAUAUAUAUAUAUAUAUAUACAUAUGACACUCUAUAUUUAAAUAAGUUUAAACAUCCAUCAGUUCGCAAAGUUAGGAGUGUGUAACCAAAGAGAGCCAAUUUCAUGUGUAAAUAUGUAUGUUAUACCAAAACUAUUCUAUUACUAUAAAAUAUUUGAAUAGUUAUACUAGCAUUGGGAAUUUCCUGUUUUUCAAAUACUUUUAAGUUUUCGCCUUAAUUUAGUUCGUUUUCCAGCUUAGCACAUAUCUAAGGAGCAUAAUAUGUUUGAAAGAAAAAGAAGAAAAGCAAAAACUUAAAAAAUAUAUCAAAUAAAUCUAGCCCAAAAAAAAGGGGGGUCUGUUUAAUGUCCUGGUAUUUAAUACCUGCUAAAUGGCAUUACAUUUUCAGCCGAAAACUCAACUGCUGUCUUAGGUAUUUCGUUGUGUAUUUGAAUUAUUCAAUUUCAAGCGUUUGAUAACAAUUACGAGUAGAAUUCACAUUUAUAAAGCUACACUUAAACGUGUUUAAUGAAUAAUUGUUCCACUAGGUCCAUAAGCAUACAAAUCGUAAACAAAAACCAACUAAAUUUAAUUGUAAUUUAUUAAAAGCAUAAAUAAACACAAACACACGGACACAUACACAUUAAACAAAACGUACACACAUACAUUAUAUUACAAUAUGUAUUCCCAGCAAUUAUUAAAUAAUUAAAUAAAUACAAUUUU